AUGAAAUUCAAUCUUGACGCCUAUCUACGACGGAUCGGGCUACCGUGUCCGUCUCAGGAGCGGAUCUAUCAGGACGGCCAUCGACUACUGUGUGACAUCACAGCUGCGCAUUCUCGGGCUAUCCCAUUUGAGAACCUCGACAUUGUGCUUCGGCGCGGCUUCAUCUCCCUCGAAUGCGAGGACCUCGAGAGGAAGCUGGUAGCGGGCGGCCGCGGCGGAUACUGUUUUGAGAACAACCUUCUGCUCUGCCUCGCGCUCCGCUCUCUCGGCUUUGGCGCGACGCCAAUGCUUGCACGGGUCCGUUGGAACACGCCCCCGGACGAGCCGCAGCCGUUUGGCCACCUCGUGCUGGUGGUUUCACUCCCUCGGAUGCCCACGGCGGCCGCCGCCACGCUUGCCGCCGACCCGAGCUCCGCAGGAUGGCUCACGAUGCAGGCUGGCCGGUGCGACACAUUCCUUGUCGACGUCGGCUUCGCAGGCACAAACUCGAUUGCUCCGGUGGCUGCCGCGAGUGCAGAGGUGCAGCGGCUGCCAGAGGGUAACUUCAGGCUACUGCCAGAGCCCGCCGGCACCGGCAGCGCUGACUCCGGCGCACAGCCGUCCUGCCAGCUGCAGCUGCCGCCGCUGAGAGCCGCGCAGUUUGCACUGCAGCGGCAGGUGCGAGGAUGCUGGCGCGACCUGUAUGUGGUGCGGAACGAGCCGGCUUGCGACGCCGACAUUGCCCAGGCCAACUGGUACAACUGCACCCACCCUGACGCGCGUUUUGUCUCCUCCUUCUUCGUCUCGCGCGUGGGCGGCGACGAGCGGCACCACAUCGUCAAUGGCGCCCACUGCUGCGGCCGCCAGAGAGACAGGCGGCCGCACCUGCGUCGGCUAACGAGGAUCUUGCUCUUUACUAGGUUCAUACAUCUACCGACACAAAGACGGCACGCUCGAGGAGGAGGAGCUAACCACGCGGCUACGCCUGCUGCGACUGCUCACUACGGUCUUUGGCAUCCGGCUGCCAGAGGAGACGAUCGGCAUCGACCGAUUUCUGGAGCCGGCGACCGACGCAGACUGAGACACGUGUUCCCAGGCCAGGUUGACGUGUUCCCAGGUUGACAUGUGCAGGUUGACGAUACGCAACACACAUGAGGGGCCGUUUCGCGUUUCCCGCCUUUCCCCGAUUUGCCAUUUUCCGUUCCCCCCCGAGGCCGAGCCCCGUUAGCGUUACGACCAGUUUUGCAUGC